AUGAAACAAGCGAUUGCGCUCGAAAAUUCGCCCCAUUUCCUCGGCUAUAGUGGCACAGGUAGUGAGAGCACUGGCGGCCAAUCUGAUCAACGCGAACAAGUAGAAUUCGCAACAGAGCUAGAUGCAAUAUGGCAGGAGGGGAUGCCCCUAUAUGAGCGACUACGAGGGCCCAAUCAGUGGCCGGAGGCUUUCCCAGAAUUAAGGAAGGUUGUGAACGACUACGUACAGGCCAUGGCCAGACUGGGCGAGACAUUUCUGGGACUCGUAGCUCAGGCACUCUCGCUAUCUCCCGAAACCCUCCUAUCUUUCUUGUCAGAUCAGCACCGUCUAAAAUUAGUUCAUUAUCCAGCCUCAAAGCCUGGUGAUACGGGAGCAGCGUCCGCCCAGGGAGUCGGACCACACAAGGACUCCUCAGGGUGGUGGACUUUUCUCCUCCAAGCUUCACCACCAGAAGUAAAGGGCCUGCAGGCAUUGAAUAAGGCUGGCCAAUGGGUCGACAUUCCUGUGAAGCCGGGCACAUUUGUGGUCAACAUCGGCCAAGCUUUCGAGGUUGUUACGGCUGGGGUCUGCAAAGCAACCACUCAUCGAGUAUUGUCUGGCCUUCAAGAGCGUUACAGCGUCCCUUUCUUCCAAGGAGUACGGCGAGACCUUACCAGAACGGAAGCACGGGCUUUGAGUCCCCAUUUUGCGUCCUUUGAGGAGGGCAUAGAACCUGACCAAGCCCGGGAGAUUGACUCUGCUUUCCUGCAUGGAAAGUACGACACGUGGGGAGAAACUCAGCUCCGGACCAAGAUUCGAAGCCACCGGGACAAUGGGAGGAUAUUCUAUCCAGAGGUUUUUGAAGACUACAUUAAGGAUGGAAACUGA